ACUUUGUUCGUAAAUGGCGUCAUAAACUUGUAUGUCCCUAACCCGUCCCGUCCGUCGUCCCAUACUGCCAUCACUCUCUUUUCUAUGACUACACUAUAGAUGCACACACGUACGCGCGCGUUCCUGACGGUCGCCAUUUUUCUCUCUCGGACGUGCGUGCGACAUAUUUCUUUCCACUAUAAACAAUAACAAACAAAAUGGCGUCGCCGGCAGAUUACAUAAAAACGGACGAGGAUGAUGACGACCUUAAAUUAUCGGAUCAAAUAGCUCUGGAUAUGCCCUGUGAAAUUGUCGAGACCACUGUUGUAGACCAGAACGGUCGGCAACUAAUCAUGGCACCCAUACAGGGGUUGAAGACCGAAAACCACACUAUGGUUGUACAAGCGAGCCAUCAUUCCAACCAUAACAACCACCAUCAAGAAUUGGAAGAUGGUCAACUGACUUACGUCUAUGAAAGUGUUGUGCCUCAAGAACUUUACGCAGAGCCUGAAAGCCCCGGACCUUCCAGGUAAAAAUAAUAUUAAGAUUACAUUUGUUUGUGGAAUACACCAUUGUGUUAUUGACACAGCUCCCGUGGUUGACCAUAUCUCAUUUGUGUUUACUAGUCCUGUUGUGUCAUGACUGACCCUUCAAACACCCAUAGAUACAUUUGCUUUAGGUAUGGUAUUUUUAUUCUUUGGGUUUAAUAAUUUUUAACAAAAUCAAUUAACUGUGGAUAUUUCAACGUGCCUAUGUUAAAAAAUGCCAUUAAUUGAUACUAUCUCCCAGCAUUUAUUUAAAAUAACUAAAUUGUAUUGUAUUCAUUAAAAUAAUAUGUUUCUGCAAGACAUAAUUGUUUACACUCUUAAUUUCUGUGGAUAAAAAUUAUAAGCAGUAUAAUAACAGAAGUUCAUAAUUACCAAGUAAUAUUGUUUUACUAUUCAAUGUUUAAUAAUUGUAAAUAAUUUUAAAGUUUAAUUAUUUAAUCAUUAUUUUUUUUAUAAUUGUUUUUAGUAUCUACUUCUUAUCAUUUUAUUAAAAACAACUCAUUUCUACCUCUAUAGAUAAAUAAAUAUUAAUGUACCUACCUAUUAAAGUUAUACAAUUUUUUCUUUACAUAUCAUAAUUAGGACUGUGAAUUUUUAGGAAUAUGCAUUUUCACUACUUUAGCUGAUUGUGAAACAUAGCUUAAGUACAUAUUUUUAAUUAUUUAACUACAAAUUAAUUUGUGAAACUUUUAUUUUCUCGUUUUUGGAUAUUAUGAUGUUUUUAAUUGUUAAGGUUAUUUUUUUUGGAAUUUUUAAGUUAUAUUUUCUUUUUAGUUCAUUUUCUGGUAUUUUUAAUCAAAUUCUGUCAAUUAACAACUUUAAAUACAAAUGUUUUGUUUUACACUGGCUGUAUAAAAGUAAAAUUUAUAUUUUAUAAUAUUUUACACAAGCCUACAGAUUUGGUAAAGAUAAGGAUUCAAUUAACAUUUUUAUUAAAUAAAUUAUUUGUAUGGAUAUAAUAAACUAAUAUCAGUAUUACCAAAAUAAAUAUAAAUAUUGAAUUCAAAACCAUUUUAUAUUGCAUUUUUUGAGACUUUAAAUGUAUAUUUUUUUGUAUGUUUUGUGUUAUUUUAAUGUCAUUUUUAAGGGUUUUUAAUAUAUUUAGACCAAAAAAAUGGUUUUAUUUAUUUAAGAUAGGUAUUAAAUUAUUGUUUUAAGUAAUUAUGGCUUAUUUUAAUAUCAAAAUAUACAUUGAAUAAAUGCUUAGUUUAAAUCUUACUUCCUAGUAAUAUGUAUUUAUUACAUUAAAAAACAUCAUAAUAGAUACAUAACAUUUAUUAAGCCAGUAGAUACAUGAUAGAAAAAAAAUAUUUUUCUAUUGUCAAUUUUGAUACGAUUCCAAAAAAAACUAAUAUUAUUAUAUUAUUAUAAUCUGAUAUUUUUAUUUUAAAAUUAUUAUAAAAGAUAUAUACAAAUACUAAAUGAUCAAUGUAAAAUAGACAUGAUUAGAUAUCACCUACAGCUAUUAGUAAUAUGUUUUUUUUGAAAUAUGACAUAACUAUGACUGUUAAAUGUAAAUAGUAAAUACCUUGCCAAUUGACACUUUAACGAUAACUGGUGUAUUAUUUAAAACUAUAAUAACUUCAUAUUUUGAACCAUGUAUGUUAAUUAGUUAAAAUAUUCAAAAGUAUUUGUUUUAUGGUUAGUGAUUUAUGUUUAAUUUACAGCCCCAAAUACAACAGAUAAAAAACAUUAAUUUCUAUAACUAUUUUAUAUAGUAAAAGUAAAAAAUAAACUCAUUAAACAUAAAUCAAUGUAUGAUAUUUUUAAAAAUAUGUUAUAUUAUAUUAUCAAUAGUUUUUUUAUUAUGAUGUAUUUUGUAUUAGGUUCAAAAAGGAAAAUGUUGAUGAUCACUUUUUAGUACAAACACUUCCUUCGCCGCCUGAACCUAUACCACUUGGUCGACCAAGGAAAUGGGAACAAAAGCAAGUUCAAAUCAGAACAUUAGAAGGAGAAUUUUCCGUAACCAUGUGGGCUUCUGGCACAGACGACGGUGAAUUAUCUUUAUAUUAUUAAUAAAUUUUUUUUAUUUUUGGUUAUUAUUUCAUGAUGAUCAUAAUAUAAAGAAGUUCUUUUAUAAUAUAAAAUAGAUUACAUUUUAGAAGAAGUUAGUAAUCCUGAACCUGAUCCUGAUCCUGAUUAUGAAGAAUAUAUGACUGAGCAAACUAUUUCUGAAGAUAUACCUCAAAUUAACCUCAGUGAUACUAAACAACUCGCUGACUUUGCCAGGUAUUAAUAGUUAUAUUUCAAACAAUUUUGGGUUAUUGUUUUGUAUAACCUUAAAUUGAAAUGGAAAACUGACUUAUACAUGUAAUUUUUUUUUUUUAGACCUGGUCAUAAGUCUAAAGUUAAAAAAUCCCAUGGUUUGGAAACAUCAGACCGCACUAUAGCUUGUCCAAAUAAAAACUGUACAAAAAUGUUUCGGGAUAACUCUGCUAUGCGAAAACAUUUGCAUACUCAUGGGCCCAGAGUUCACGUGUGUGCAGAAUGUGGUAAAGCAUUUGUUGAAAGCUCAAAACUUAAACGGCAUCAAUUAGUACACACUGGAGAAAAACCUUUUCAGGUAUGUCAUUAAACAAACUGUAAAAUCUUUUUAUUAUUAUUUUACUAAAUUAAAAUUAUGUUUUAGUGUACAUUUGAAGGAUGUGGGAAGAGAUUUUCAUUAGAUUUCAAUCUCAGAACACAUGUUAGGAUACACACGGGUGACCGACCAUAUGUAUGUCCUUUUGAUGCGUGUAACAAAAAGUUUGCCCAAUCAACUAAUUUAAAAUCACAUAUCUUAACUCAUGCAAAAGCAAAGUAUGUAUUGUAGUUGUUAAUAUAUAUAUAUAUAUAUAAAUAUAUGUUAGGGUUUACCAUGAGGAUAAAUAUAUUUUUUUAUUUUUCAAUUUUGAUCAGAUUAAUUCCAUAAUUUGUUCAAAACUAUUAUAAAAUAAUUUGUGUUAUGUUUCACAGGCUAUCUAGUUAAAAGAGUGUAUUAAAACAAGUUUUUUCCAUUUUUAUAUGCAUAGAUUGUAAAUAAUAAAAAAAUUAAAUUACACAUGUAUUUUCCAUGUAAAUUUUGAAAAAGUAUAAGUCAUAAUUUUAUAGAGAAUUUAAUUUAAAAAAUGUAUAAUUUUGUAUAUCAUACAUUUUUGUGAAAAUUGAAAAUUACCCUUUUUUGAACUUAACCCCUGUUGGGUCACUCCUUAGGGUUACCAUUUAAGUAUAUUCACAUUAUACGGAACAUAAAUGUCCCAUUAAAAACUGGCAACAUUUCACAUUAAAAUAUCUUAGUAUGUAUUUAUAUAUUGUUCACAAUUCACAUGCUACACCAGCUUUGUUAUCUUCUAGUUCUUUGAAUAAUAUGGAUUGGAUAUUAUUUCUACUACAAACUUCCUCAUAGUAAACAUUUUUCGUACUCACUAAUUCUUAGUUCGAUAAUAUUUUUCUUUGUCAUCUGAAAUAAGGGAAAUUAUUGCUAGUUGUUUUUUAUUGAACAUUUUACAGACAUGAUACAAAUUUAAAAAACAAUAAACUGUCUGGAAUAGGAUAAAACACAUUAGAUAGUUGUGAAUGUUUUUUAGUUUUGAUAGAAAGUUACCAGUCAGCAACGUGAUGGUUUUGUUCCGUAUAAUGUGAAUCAACCAUUAUUAUGAAAAUUUUAAUAAUUUUGAACUAAUUUUUGGGGUGGUCAAAUAACAAAAAAAAAAAAAAUCGAACUUAUUAUAGUAUAUAUGUAUGAAUGUAUUAUAUAUUCUGGAAAAUAAUAUAUUUAUUUUCUGAAUUUCUAACUUCAUAGUAAACACAUGUCACGACCGAGACCUAGUUUGAAUCGGUCAUCUAACCAAUCACAGGAUGAUCUGAAUGAACAGUAUAUCAAUGUUGAAAUACCUGAAGUUGAUCACCAACAACACUUUAUUGUUUAUGCUGAAUAGUAUUAACACUAUAUUAACUACAAAGAAGAGUAAGUUAAAACAGUUCAAUUAUAAAUUUUUUUAUGCGAUUAAAAAAAUGUUAAAGAUUUCUAUAAUAAUUGGAAUUCAGAUGAAAAUAAGAUUGAGUAAAAUUAAAAAAAACCAUGUGUAUAUUUGUGCGUGAAUCAUUAUAAAAUAUGCUAUUAUUAUCAUAUUAGAGAAUUUGACUGGAAUUUUAGUAAUUAUGUAUAAGAUAAUCUCAGCACAUUAUUUGUUUUCUCUCAAGCCCUCACAGAACGUAGUAAAUUAACCGUGUAAGUAGGUUUUUAUACAAAAUUUUAAUUUUUUUUUUAUAAUUUUUAAUUCAGCAUAUAAUUUAGAUUUUUAUAAUUUUUGACCAAUUAAUAAAGUAAAAAUUGUAUUUGCAUCAUACACUUAAAUUUAUUUCAAAUGUUGUGUUUAUGUUAAAAAAAAAAUAGUAUACACUAUUUAGUAUUGACAAAUUUGGUGAGAAAAAAUUUUGAAAAUUAUCAAAAUUAAGCUAUAAUUUUGAACAUGAUAUGAUUACAAGGUACUCAUCUACCUAUAUUAUUAUGCAGUAUGGUGAAGACAAAACGGGUUUUCUGUAAAAUAAAAAAAUAAUUGUUUUUAUUUUUUAUUAAACAUAUUUUGUACACAUUGUUUAAAUUUUGUUAUAUCAAAAUUUAGCAUAAAUGAUUGAUUUUCCCAAUAUAUUUGUGAGAAAGUAUCAAUACAAAAAUCCUUAUGUAUAUCAUCUAGUAUAACGUACAAAUUUUAAUUAGGAAUUACCAAAUUGUUGAUAUCUUGAUUUUUAAUAAAAUAAACUUCUAAUGCUUUAUGAAAAAUAGUUUGGAAAAUGAAAUACAAUAUUUUAUCUUAUUUUUAUUUUUAGGAUUAUUGGGUACUGAUCAUUUGUUACUCAAGCUCACGUGACUGAAAUCAAAAUCUAUUCAACUCGCAAAAUUGUAAUGCUGAAUUUUGUACAUAUCCCACAUGUAGUACCUAAUAAAUCUAUGAUAUUCUUGAAAUACCUAUUUUAAAUAUUUUGUGAGAUGUAACAUCAUUAUUCUUGGUGCAAAAUUCUUCACUUAUCCACUCGUACUUUACUAUAUUUAAAUACUAAAUAUUGUUAUUUGAUAAAAUAUUAUAUUAAUGUGUUUGAAAAAUGAAACGAAAGAUUUUUUUUUUUUUUUUCAAUGUAAACAACUUUUUAGUUGUUAAUAAGACUGUGAAAUUAAUAGAGAGCAAAUAAUGUGAGGUUAAGCAUAAUUCUUUAUUUUUAAACUUUUUAUUUAUAAGAAAUUGUAAUUUUUAUGGCUUUUGCAGUGAUCAUGUUAGGAUAAUCAUUUUUACUAUUAAUGUAUAUAAUGUACGUAAUAUAAGUAUUUAAAUUUUUUAAUGUCAAGAUGUAUACAUAUAUAUAUAUGUAUAUUUUAUUUUAUUAUACGUAUUAUGUAUAUAUGAUAUAUAUUUUAAAACUGUUUCUUUUGUGUUUUAAAGUUAUGAUCUAUACAAUACAACUGUAGUAGAAUUUAAUGCUAAAUAUGAAUGUUUCUAUACAAAUUAUAAUGAUUACCA